UACAGUUGCCUUACUUAGUGACGCAACGGACGGCAAGGCCAGAGAAAAGUAAUAAUAAGCAGGCCGCCGUCUGAGCAGUCUCUCCGCCGCAGCUCCGCUCGCUCGCGCAUUGUCCAAAGUGCAUUGUCUCGGGCUCGACGUGGCUCCUGCCGCCGAUUUUCCUUGAUUUGAACUUUUCCAAGAGUGGCCGCCGCAAAAAGUGAUCAGUUUCCCAGAGUGUGAUAUGCUUCACUUCUGAACGAAAGGCAGCUGCUGCUCCGGUGCACCUGAUUCCGAAAGUUCGCAAAAAGGAAGCGCUCCACCGGCACUAUGGUCUCCAGGAGGAGGAUUCUGUCGCGCUCCAGGGAUGACCUGAACUUGGACACCGUCGAAGUGCCCGAGGAGGAUGUCUGGUACCAGAGGGACAAGCUGUUUAAGGACCACAUUCAAGAGGUCUUGGACAAGUGGCACCAGAUCGACGACGAAAUCUGGGCAAAGGUGAUCGUGCUGGAGAGAAAUCGGCGAGUGGCAAAAGCGUACGCCCGCGCGCCUGUCCUCACCAUCAACGGCUCUGACGAUGGGUUCGACGGUUUCAGAAUUGGACUCUGCGGCUUCGAUAAUCCGCUCAGGGAUGCGAAGACCGAGGAGGUCAAGAGACACAUCGGACACGGCAUCAAAGUGAAAAUGGACGACCAGGGCAACGUUCUCAUCAAGCGGCUGUCAAAAAGCCAAGUCUUUGUAAAAGUCGCUCCGAACGAGGACAACUCAGUUGCUCAAGAAAUCACCCGCCUGCCAAAUGGGUCGUUAGAGCCGGAAAAGCCCGUCAAGUUGUUCGACAUGAAAAAGUUCCAAGCAAACGUGAGCCGCGAACUGCGACAGGCGUACCCUGACCGCCGUCGCCUCGAGUGCCAAUGCCUUUCCAGCAUAGCCUUCGUCAAGUCCGAAGCCGAACUGCUGGACAGCCCCGUGUGGGUGAUGAUCAUCAACGUUGUCGCCCUGGACAUGCUCAAGGCAAAGUUGCCUCCAGUGGCGGUCAAGUCGCGGCUGGACAUCCGCAACCGUCCGCGCAUCCCCAUCCCGGACGAGGAUCCGUACAGCGUGGCCGGCAGCGGCUCGAGCGGCUCCAGCUCUGGAGCCGGCGGCAAGACGGCGGGCGUCAACCACCUGCACCAGCAGCUGCUGCAGCACAAGCAGCACAAGCAGGACAAGCCGCCGAAGCUGCCUCCGCGCGACGUGGCCGGCUACCCGCACGACAUUCCCAAGCCGGAUUACGACGACUUGGACGACGAGGAGGAGAACUGCAUACAAAUCUUCCCUGCCUCCAGAGGCUCCAAGGAGAAGAGUAAGGAUAAGAAAUACGAUGACCCCUACUACUGCGGUCUCCGCGCACGCAUCCCCAACUUUGUGAAGAGGAAAGGUGGCAGCAAACAGGAGGUGGCCGAGCGAGUGGCCCACAGCGUCCCCAUGGGUGGCCCCCCGAUGAUGGCCCCCGCUCACCACUACGUGCACAGCGCUUACGGCGUCGCCCCGGUGCAACCCUGGCGCUCCUCCAAUGGAUACCACGAUCCUGAGUCGGAGUCCCCGUACGACCACAUCUAUGGCCGGCUGCCGGGGCGAGUGCCCAUCCCAACCCGGUCGUUCAUUCCGCCGCCGCCGCGCACCAUGUACAUUGGCGAAUGGGACUGAAGCAGCCGCAGCACAAGCGAUGAGACAGACAAACCCAACCGCGUGCAUACUUAAUUAUUUGUAAUCCCCAAACGACCUACCUAGUGCGAGAGGCACAGUCAAUGUAUUUUUUUAUCGUCCAAAUUCCCCCCGAAAUCCCAGAUGAUGUGGGCCUCGACGAGCGAGCUCUCGAAUUCUGAAGAAGCCGCGCCUUUCCGCUCUUUUCCUACCACUAUUGCUGUAAAUAAAUUUAUUUUUGCUUCCGCGAAAGGCACGUUUUUCACAAUUCGGGGGCCGCCAUUCCUCGUCCGUGAAUGUGGGCCUGCGUGUAAUACUUAUUUGAUUGUUGAGUAAUUUUAUUGUAAUCCUCUGCGUAACUGAUAAUCACUCGCACCUUUUGUAAGCGGCGUAGUUUUUUGCAAGAAAACUGCGACCCUCAUCUAGGAAUUUUAAAUGUGAAGAAGAAGUGCUUAUGUACAAAAUUAAACGAGACCUGGUGGUGGAGCAUCGCAAAAACAA